AUGCCGCACCGGGAUGACGACGCGCGGCCGGGCGGCGGGACGCGGAGUCGGCGGUGUCCCUGGGGGCGGUGGCGGGGCCGCCGAGCCCCGGUGGGCCGCGGUGGCGUUGCCGCACUUGUCCCUGUCCCCCCGUCCCCGUCCCCUCCCGCCCGCUCGGUGCCGCCCGGUCCCGCCAUGGAGUCCAGCGGGGUCCAGAGCUGCCCCGCCACCUGCCUCGCCUUCAGCCGCACCCACAAGGGGCUGGUGCUCAUCGGCGAGAUCGUGAGACACGGGGGGCGCCGCGUGGGGCACCGGGGUGGGGUACCGGGCUGCGGACCCAGCGGCGUGAGCACCGGGGGUACACACCGGGACACAUCUGGGUCCGGCUCGGGGCGGGCAAGCAGCGGGAUGCCCGGUCCCUGUUGGAGGGGGCAGGGUGCCUCGGUGCCCGGCUCCUUUGGGGAGGGGGGACACGCCUGGGCGCUCAUUCGGGGGGCGGGGGGAUCCGUGAGUCCCGGUUUGGGCGGGGCAGGAUGUCUGGGAUCCCCGUUGUGGGGGCCUGGGGGCACCCCGACACGUGGGUCCCCGUGUCCGUGGCGGGCUGCAGGAGCGGGAUGGCGGGAUGCCGGUUUUGCCGGGGUCCCUGCUUUGAAAGUGAUCGGGGGUACCGCGGCACCGGGGUCCCCAUUGGGGGAGCAGCGGGACACCGGGUCCCCCCCGGGGGAUGCCCGGUUCCCGGAGCGCUCCCGGAGCGCUGGGGCCGGCACGUGCAGUCCGGGGGUGACACGCCCGCAGUGUCCCCCGUGCCGUGGGACACCGCAGGCGCCGCUCCCCCCGCGCCUCCCGGUCCCGUUCGGGCGCGUGGAGGGGCAACAGCCCCCCGCCCGGCGGGCCCCACCCACGCCAUCGCCCCUUGACGGGUGGGGCAGUGUCCCUGAGGACUGGAGGUCCCCAGAGAGUCUGGGGGUCCCUGGGGGGAAGCCCUGGAGGUGGGGAGUCCCCAGAAGGCUUGGGGGGUCUCUGAGGGGUCCCAUGUGUGCCCCCCAGGACUUCACACGCUGCGUCACUGGGGCUCUGCUCUUCCUCAUCACCUCCCUCAUCGUCCUCCUCAGCCACCACGAUGGCGCCGGCAUCGCGGGAGGGGUGUUCGGGAUCCUGGCCGGGAUCCUGCUGGGCUAUGACGCCUACAUCACCUUCCCGCUACGGCAGCGCCACACCGCCGCCCCCUCUGAGUCCCCAGACGGUGCCUGAACAAGCCAAGAACCCCAACGGAGACCUCCCCAAACCUCCCCCCGCACAGGGGGACCCCCAGCCUUAAAUUAUUGAGGGGUCCCGACGCCUGGGUCCCCCCGGGGGGGCAGGGGUAGAUCUGGGGGUCCCUCAAGGGUUGCCCCUCCCUCAAACGCCUUUGCAAGUGCCUUGAACUGCCUGUGCCUCAGUUUCCCCCUGGGGAGACCCCCUCAGGUUUAAAGGUGCCCUUGCCCCUCACGGGUUUUGGGGUGCCCGCCUCAGUUUCUGGGGUGCCUCCGUUAGUUUGUGGGGUGCUCCUCCCCUCCCCCCCCGCCACCCCCCCACUCCCCCAGCCUGCAGGAGGCUUUUGGGGGCAAUAUAUUGGGAAAUAAAGGGUUUUUAUUACUGCAUUACCGGUUCCGGUG